GCGGGGAAGGAGGCCGGGCCCGCGGCGGAGCUGCGCGGCUCUGAAACCUGACUGGGAAGCGGCCGGGACGCCCGCAGCUGACUGACCGGCCCAGAGCGGGCGGACGGGGCGACAGACGGACGAACCAGCCCACCGAAGAACAAACGACCGUAGCCGGGGCCGACAUAGAGGACGAGCGGGUCGGGUUCAGCAGCGGCCCCUCUGUCUGUCUGCUGAAUGAAGUGCCCGCCCCACUGAGCGCGGAGCCCGGCGCUUUCCCGUCAAGAUGGACGGUUUCGCCGGCAGCCUCGAUGAUAGUAUUUCUGCUGCAAGUACUUCUGAUGUCCAAGAUCGCCUCUCAGCUCUUGAGUUACGAGUUCAACAGCAAGAAGAUGAAAUCACUGUGCUAAAGGCAGCAUUGGCUAACGUUUUAAGGCGUCUUACAAUCACUGAAGAUAACGUGGCCUCGGUGAAAAAAUUACUCACAAAUAAAGGUCAGCCAAGCCUUCGAGAGGCUAUUUCCAUGUCCUGUAUAACAAAUGGAAGUAGUGUAAGCAGAAAACCAGCUCACACCAGCUCUGUCUCAAUUGCAAGAAAAGAAACUCUAUCAUCUGCUGCUAAAAGUGGUACAGAAAAAAAGAAAGAAAAACCACAAGGACAGAGAGAAAAAAAAGAGGAAUCUCAUUCUAAUGAUCAAAGUCCACAAAUUCGAGCGUCACCUUCUCCCCAGCCCUCUUCACAGCCUCUCCAAAUACACAGACAAACUCCAGAAAGCAAGAAUUCUACUCCCACCAAAAGCAUAAAACGACCACUGACGAAUGAAAAGUCACAUAAUUCGUGGGAAAAUUCAGAUGAUACUCGUAAUAAAUUAUUGAGAACAGUUACAACAUCAAAAUUAAUAUCAAAAGUUAUAAAAAAUACAGACAAGCAUAAAGAUGUCAUCGUCAAUCAAGCAAAAAUGUCAACCCGUGAAAAAAACAGCCAAGAAGGAGAAUAUAUUAAAAUGUUUAUGCGAGGUCGGCCAAUUACGAUGUUCAUUCCUUCUGAUGUUGACAACUAUGAUGACAUCAGAACAGAACUGCCUCCUGAGAAGCUCAAACUGGAGUGGGCAUACGGUUACCGAGGAAAGGACUGUCGAGCUAAUGUUUACCUUCUUCCGACGGGGGAAAUAGUUUAUUUCAUUGCUUCAGUAGUAGUACUAUUUAAUUACGAGGAGAGAACUCAACGACACUACCUGGGUCAUACAGACUGUGUGAAAUGCCUGGCUAUACAUCCUGACAAAAUUAGGAUCGCAACUGGACAGAUAGCUGGAGUGGAUAAAGAUGGAAGGCCUCUGCAGCCUCAUGUCAGGGUGUGGGAUUCAGUUAGUCUAUGCACACAGCAAAUUAUUGGGCUUGGAACUUUUGAGCGUGGAGUAGGAUGCCUGGAUUUCUCAAAAGCAGAUUCAGGUGUUCAUCUAUGUGUUAUUGAUGACUCCAAUGAGCAUAUGCUUACUGUAUGGGACUGGCAGAAAAAAUCAAAAACAGCAGAAAUAAAGACAACAAAUGAAGUUGUUUUGACUGUGGAGUUCCACCCAACGGAUGCAAAUACCAUAAUAACAUGUGGCAAAUCUCAUAUUUUUUUCUGGACCUGGAGUGGCAAUUCACUAACAAGAAAACAGGGAAUUUUUGGGAAAUAUGAAAAACCAAAGUUUGUGCAGUGUUUGGCAUUCUUGGGAAAUGGAGAUGUUCUUACCGGAGACUCUGGUGGAGUCAUGCUUAUCUGGAGCAAAACUGCUGUCGAGCCCGCACCUGGGAAGGGACCUAAAGGUGUCUACCAAAUCAGCAAACAAAUCAAAGCUCAUGAUGGCAGUGUGUUCACACUUUGUCAGAUGAGAAAUGGGAUGUUAUUAACUGGAGGAGGAAAAGACAGAAAAAUAAUCUUAUGGGAUCAUGAUCUGAAUCCUGAAAGAGAAAUAGAGGUUCCUGAUCACUAUGGCACAAUUAGAGCUGUUGCAGAAGGAAAAGCAGAUCAAUUUUUAGUAGGCACAUCGCGAAAUUUUAUUUUGCGGGCAACAUUUAAUGAUGGUUUCCAAAUAGAAGUACAGGGUCAUACAGAUGAACUUUGGGGUCUUGCCACACAUCCCUUCAAAGAUUUGCUCUUGACCUGUGCCCAGGACAGGCAGGUGUGCAUGUGGAACUCAGCAGAACACAGGUUGGAAUGGACCAGGCUUGUAGAUGAACCAGGACACUGUGCAGAUUUUCAUCCAAGUGGCACAGUGGUGGCUAUAGGAACGCACUCAGGCAGGUGGUUUGUUCUGGAUGCUGAAACCAGAGAUCUGGUUUCUAUCCACACGGAUGGAAAUGAGCAGCUCUCCGUGAUGCGAUACUCAAUAGAUGGUACCUUUCUGGCUGUAGGAUCUCAUGACAACUUUAUUUACCUCUAUGUGGUUUCUGAAAAUGGAAGAAAAUAUAGCAGAUAUGGAAAGUGCACUGGACAUUCCAGCUACAUUACACACCUUGACUGGUCCCCAGACAACAAGCAUAUAAUGUCUAACUCUGGAGACUAUGAGAUUUUGUACUGGAACAUUCAAGAUGGCUGCAAACUAAUCAGGAAUCGAUCGGAAUGUAAGGACAUUGAUUGGACAACAUACACCUGUGUGCUAGGCUUUCAAGUCUUUGGUGUCUGGCCAGAAGGGUCUGAUGGGACAGACAUCAAUGCAUUGGUGCGAUCCCACAACAGAAAGGUGAUAGCCGUUGCCGAUGACUUUUGUAAAGUCCAUCUGUUCCAGUACCCCUGCUCCAAAGCCAAGGCCCCCAGUCACAAGUAUAGUGCCCACAGCAGCCAUGUUACCAACGUCAGUUUUACUCAUAAUGACAGUCACCUGAUUUCAACUGGUGGAAAAGACAUGAGCAUCAUUCAGUGGAAACUUAUGGAAAAGUUACCUUUGCCCCAGAAUGAUAUCGUGGCAGAUUCUUCUCUGAGCAGAGCCCCCAUUUCUUCCUCUGAAAGUGUCCUCCAGUCCAGUGCUUCUCCACCUCCUUCCCAGUCCCUUCAGGAGACAGCCGAAGAGGAGAGUAGAGUAAGCAAUUCUCCCACACUUCUGGAGAACAGCUUGGAUCAGACUGUGGAGCCGAGCGAAGACCACAACGAGGAGCAGAGUGAGGACGGCAGUGAGGACCUUGGCGAGCCUGUUUAUGAAGAGCCGGCCCAUGAGGUCAGCGAGCAGCAGAUGGAAGUGCUUUCUGAGGACCAGCAAGAUGAUGCUCCACCUCUGUUGUAAGGUCCUGGUUUCCGUGGACUCGUCUCUCCUUCACUGCUGUGAUCUGUGACAUGAUUCACAUAGCAGAGCAUCACCACUGAGUCAGAUUUUGUUUUCCACAUUCAACAGUCUUAUCUUCAGUCUCAGAUACAGCCAAUUCAUCAUGUCUCAGAGAUCACUGUGUGUGUCAGUGGUCUGGUAUAAAUACUGGAAACAAAAACAACAGUUAUAUUGAUUGAAAACAAACCCCUUGUUACCUGAACGUGUUUCCUUCAGGAACAAGAGGCAUCACAAACACUGUUACUCAGUCACCUACUGGCUCGGAUGGCCACUUUCCCUGAUACGGGGGGCGGGGGGGGAGGGAAUGUGUUUCUAUUGAGAUAUCCUCCCACCCCAGUUGUCUAAUGGAAAUUUUUUAAUUAAGGAAAACCUCAGUAUUGCCAAGUAAAAUGGCAUUGCCUUCUAGAAUAAUAGUGUCAUUUCUUUACACUACCAGUAGAUAUGCAGAUGUGCUAGUUAGUCUACUAUGUGGGUGCUGCCUUUCUAAUUAUAUCAAAGAGCAGUCCUUAAUUUCUGUGUGCAAAUCUAUUUUAUCCUAGAAUUACAGCAUUGGUGUGUUAAAGAGCUUUUAAUGUAUACUGAACCAUUGAUACUCAGAAAUGGUGAGUUCCUAUAAGUCUUUUAGUGGCCUAAAGGUUCUCUAAUGUUUGGCAUUCAAGUGAAUGGAAGAAACAAACCGCAUGCCUUUAAAACUAAACUAUGAUAAUUACCUGGCUGAUUUUAGCUUAACCUUUCAUCAUUAUUUGUUCCCUCAAUAGAAGGACAGUAGGUUUGUUUAAGUAGUUGAAUUGGUGCUUGAAAUUCAUUGAUUCACUUGUCAUUUUUAUACAAAUUAAUUAUAUGGAGGGAUGAUAUUCAGCAAAUACAAAUUCUUUUUUACAGAAGUGUGAAUAAUAGUAAUUUUUUUAUAAAUUGCAAACUUAACCUAUUUGCUAUAUGGUAAUUUUUUCUGAUGGAGUUGCUAUACACUUUGCGGCUAGCUUUUAUUUGGGAAGUGCAUGUAUUAGUAUGCAUUGGAAAGAUGGGUGUUUGAGGAGCUUUUUGUUCCUUUUAGUUUUGUCAACUGUUUCUCUUAAGUAUGUUUCCUACUUUAAAAUACUGACAAAUAUACAUUUCCUAUAUAUUUGUUUAUACUUUGAUUACAAUUUUUUAACUUGCUGCAUCGUUUUGAUACUUUUUGGGGGGGGUCAGAUCAUGUGUAGAAACUUUGGAUGAGUUCAGAAGUCUUAAGUAUGCAAGUGUUUAUGUGAUUGUGCCAUUCCAAAGUGCAUCAGAACUGUCAUUCCCUUCUAGAAUCUUCUCAGGAGUAAUACAUAUCAGGUAUUUCAUCGUCAUUUGGUAAUAUGAAAACUCCAGUGAACUCCUAAGGACGCUUACAGCAUUUAUAGUCACACUCUGCAAGGAAGGGAGUGGGGUGAAGGGGCAGGUAGGGAUACUCUGGGUUUGUGUGUCUCUUGGGAAGAAGAUACACACCACAUCAAAAAUACUCAGUGUAGAUCUCUGUGUAUAGGUAAUAUGUCUUUGUCUGUCUCUUUCCUUUUGUUUACAACUUUUUUUUUAUAAAAACAAAAAAAAUAACCUCAAAAUCAUUCUCUUCCAAAGAAGAGACAUGGAUUCCAAACAAACCUGACUUUUUCAGUAUGUUCUGCCCACAGUCCUCAGAGCACCUGAGUAUCAGGCAUCUAUGGCCUCUUGUUAGUGGUGGGAUUCAACCGUCAGGUCAGCGUGUCGCUCGUUCCCUGCGAGGAAAAUGCCAGGAGGUGAACCAAGCAAGCCUAGAAGUGCAUGUCCUCUAGAACCCAGGAGACUGCUCUCCAUUCUAAGCAGGGUAUUUGGGGACAUGUGUCACCUUCAGGGUUGCCACGUACAAUGAGAUUUAUAAUCAUGACACUGUUGGGGAGUAGUUUCCAAAGACACUACUAAUGCUCAGAGUGUUCCAGCUGUCUAAUGCCGGCAACUACUGUUUAAUGGUCAGUUAAAUCUGUGAUAAUGGUUGGAAGUAGGUGGGAUUAUGAAAUUGUAGAUGUUUUAGAAAAACUUGUGAAUGAAAAUGAAUCCAAGUGUUUCAUGUGAAGAUGUUGAGCCAUUUCUAUCAUGCAUUCCUGUGUCAUGGCAGAAAAUUUUGAAGAUUAAAAAAUAAAGUAAUCAAAAUA